AUGUCUGAUACCGGUCUCCCCCCCAGCUGGGAGGUGCGAAUCUCCAACUCCAAGAACCUCCCCUACUACUUCAACUCGACCGACAAGGUCUCCCGAUGGGAGCCCCCCGCCGGCACCGACACCGAGAAGCUCAAGCACUACAUGGCCACUCACCACAGCGCCGGCUCUCGACCCGCCGCCGCCCCUGGCGUCCCCGAGGGCAAGAUCCGCGCAGCCCAUCUCCUGGUCAAGCACCGCGACAGCCGACGACCGAGCAGCUGGCGAGAGGCUGAAAUCACCCGCUCCAAGGAGGACGCCUACCAAAUCAUCCAGGCCCACGAGGACAAGAUCAAGUCGGGCAGCAUCACCCUCGGCGAGCUCGCCCUCACCGAGUCUGAUUGCUCCUCGGCGCGCAAGCGAGGCGACCUCGGCUACUUUGGCAAGGGAGACAUGCAGAAGGAGUUUGAGGAUGCCGCCUUUGGCCUCCAGCCUGGCCAGAUGAGCGGUGUUGUGGAGACUGCUAGUGGUCUGCACUUGAUCGAGCGCCUGGAGUAA